AUGGAGUAGGGUCCUAAUUAAAAUGGUGUUAUUUAAUAUGAGAGGCCUCAAACAAGAAAAAUGUCUAGCCGCACUUUAAAGCAGCUAGAGAAAAAAUUUAAGGCUAAAUUUGUCAAACCACAAGCUUGGAAAAAGGAUGAAGAUUCAAAGUUGUGUUUUAUCUGUCAAAAAGAAUUUAAUUUUUUAUAUCGCAGAAGGCAUCACUGCAGAAAAUGCGCAAAUUUAUUUUGCUCUUCCUGCUCAAAUUACUUUCUUUCUUUGCUAUUCAACCCUUUAGAUGAAGUUGAUAAAGAAACACGUUUGUGUAAAAAUUGUUUCGACCAGUUUAAGCAGUCCAUCGAAUAGGAAUAAAAAAACAGUGAAGAGGAAGAAUCAUUAAGCUCUGAAGAUGAUGAGGAGUCAGACUCCUCUAAAAUAACGAAUAGAAUAGAGUUGAAAGAUUAGUUUGAGUUGAAAUUGAAGAGCCUGAUUAAAUAUAUUUUCUAGCAAGAAAAGAAGUUAUCAAACGUACCAAAUUUUUGCGACCAAUAUAUAGACCGCACGUUCAAUUUUACUAUGUAUUGUUUAAAAAAUUUGCGUUGUCGUUUGAGGAAAUAAGAUAAUGAAAAGAGAAUAGAGAAAUUUCAUGAGAUGGACAUAAAUAGAUUUGUGAUAAUAAAAACUUGUCUGCACAAAGAUGCUAACUAAUUCACUUAUGUAAAUGGAAUCAUAAAUAGCAAGAAUGUAGCUAAAAAGAAUAUGUUUACUUCAUUUGGACCUAAGAAAGAUACAUCAUCUGUCAUUUAAUAUUAAAACUAAAGGAGUAAUAACAGCUCUUUUGAUGGAAGUAACCAUAAUAACAAUGGAUCUUAAAGUGCAAUAAAUUAAGGUGUUAGGUGUAUGAUAAUAGGAGUUUCAGUAGAUAUCUUUAGCAAUACAGAUACAAAUUACCCUGAUUUGUAAUAAAUUAUUUAGAAGCAGAGAUUGUAUAUCUAGAGAAUAGUUGAAGGAAUCAAGCAAUUUAAACCUUAAAUAAUUUUCUGCAGAGAAAACGUAAAUCAAGAUGUUCUAACUCAACUAGAAUAAGAAAAAAUUACAGUUGUGCAAAAGAUAAAAAAUAAUAUAAUACUUAAAAUAGCCGAAUGUGCAAGAUGUUUGAUAAUUGAUGAUAUUUCCCUAAUUUUACCCCAAAACAACAACCAAUCCAAUCAAAAGAUCAGCAGCCAAAUAACUAAAAGCUAUAUAGGCAAUUUAUACAGUGUCUACUUCAAGACUUUCUAAUUCGUAACUAAGUCAAAAACUUAUAUGUUCCUUGUUUAACCAGAGAAAUCAGCAGCAUAUCAUGUUUCCCUGCUAAUAACUGGUCCUGAGCUUGAAAUUCUUAAAUAAUUCAAAAAAAAUCUCUAAGUUAUUUUAAGAUUGGCUCGUCACCUCUAUUUGGAAUAGGAAAUAGUUUACACAAAUAAUGAAAUGAUUAGCAAAAACAAUAAAAAACUCAGGAAAUAUUACAUCUAACAGCUUGAAAAUGAUUUUAUAGAUUUUGGUAAUUUGAAUAACUUCAUAGAUGAUAAAAUUGGCUUAUCUGAAUAUCUUUACAGUGAUAACUAAAAGUUUUCAUAUGUUUGCAUCUAAUAUAAAAAAGUAGAAUGGAAUUAAUUUGAUGGAGUAAAUUCUCAUGAAGAAUUGGAAAAAUAUUUGUAAGAUAAAAAAAUAAACUACGAGAAUUCUAAAAUCAAUACUUUAGUUAAGUAUUGUGGAGAAUAUGAGCAUGAAUAAAUCUCUUUUUACUAAGUCAAGGAUAUUAGCCUAGCUGAUAAAUUAUAUUCGAUUUACAAAGAAAGACACACUAGUUGUGAUUAUAAAGAAUGCAAAACACCAAGAUAUAAUCAUUACCAUCUGUACAUCAGAAAUAAAUGCUAUAUCAAAUUGAGCAUUUCUGAAAGGUUGGAUUCUAAUAUAGCUAAAAAAAUUAAGGAGACUGCUGUUUAAGGUCGUACAAAGACUGAGACAGGACCGCAGAUGGCUUAUUAAUAUUCAAAUCAAAUAUCUAACCCUAAUAAAGUUAAAGGAGAUGAAUAAAUGAGGUACGAAAAAUACUAAAAUUAAUAGAAUGUAAUAUAGUAUUAGUAUCAUAAUCAUCAAAGAAAUCAUACUAGAAGCCCUUAAAAGCAAUAAGUAGAAGGUCUUAAAAAAGUUAAAAUGCACCCUAAAGACUAAAUUUUACAAUACAUUUUAUGCGAAUAAUGUGAUCAAAAAAUAACUUCUGUAUGUACUAUAGUAGUUGGAAAGACCUUAACUGAAUAUUCAUUUAAUAGAUUUUUGUAGCAUAUGUUUUAAGAAUAUUCAGAGUCUUAUAAAAAGGAGAAGUUGAAUCUAUUAAAAGAAUGCAGAGAUAUAAAGGAAGUUAAUACUGGCUAGUCAACUGUUGUUUAAAAUAAAUGCACUCAUCAAAUAAGAAGUAGAGUUUUUAAACUAAAAGAUGUAGAAAUUAAAUUUUAAGUUGGAAAAACUAAUGUUUUUUCAUUCAGCAGAUUAUCUUUUAUUCCUGAGCCUGUUCAAGAAAAAAUUAGAGAACUUGAUGCUUUAUAUUAUAAAGAAUCCUUUUAAAAUUUCAAAUAAUUCUUUAAAGUCAUGGUUGCAGACGCAUAGACUCGUCUUUAAAAGCUAAAUGAUAUUGUAUUUUAAAAGAAAAUAAGCAAAUAAUAAAAUUUCUUCCACAUAAUCGAAAUGUAUAAAUCAUGUAUAGAAAGAAUGGAGAGCGAAAAAGAGCACAUCAUUCAAUAAAUUGAUUCUUCUAAAAUAGCCAAUUACGCCAGCAUGGUAUAGAUCUAUAUUUUAGAGUAGAGAAUGAAUAUUGGCUUGAAUCGUCUUAACUGUUUGUAAAAAGAAAUAAUUUAAAAAAAAUACAAGCAGUUUGAAAAAUAACAUUUAGAUGAAACAAUACAUCAGAGUCAUUAAAUUGAAUUAGAUAGUAGCAUUUUAGAUGAGGAAAUUUAUGAUUUAAAAGAAAUCGAUUAGACUCAUAAAUUUAAAGGAUAUUCCACAACAUUAAACAUUUAAGAAGAAAGACAGAAAGAUGAUCAAUAAGCCUAGCCAUUUGAAUACAUCCCAGUCUAUGAAAAAAAUUACCACAGCAUGGUUGCAUGGGCACUUAACUCUAAAUAAUAUUGCAGAUUUCUUAAAGAUACAGGCUUAAAUGGAUAAAAAGUUAGUAGAAGCACUCUAAUUGAAAUGCUUAAAAAGAAGAAUAUAGACCCUAAUUUAGAUGAAAAAUAAAAAAUAGAAGAAAAUAAAUUUAUAGUGAAAUUGAUGAAGAACUAAGAAUUAGAUGCUUUGAUAAAAUAUGAAUAGUAUUUUUAAAAUAUAAAUAUUAUUCACAAAGAUACAUAGCUUGAUCUCAACAAAGUGUAUAAUAAUCAAGAUUAGAAUGGUUUUUUAAGAUGUAAUUCUGAGCAUUUCCGCUCAUAAAGUUAUUAGCCAACUCAUAUUACAAACAAUGAUCCCUAUUUAGUUAACUAGAAUGUUCACCAUUCUAACUUCUAUAAUUAAGCACAUAAUUAGAAUAGUGAUGGUGCUAAUGAACCACAAUGCUUUAAGAGUAAAGACGAUUUAACAAGGGACUUGAAUGAUAUUUCAAAUAACGAAGAUUUAAUUAUUGAGCAAUCUUUGUAAACAUUAGACAAUAACACCUAAAGUGGUGAUGAAUCUAUUGGUUCAAGAAACAAUCUCCCUGAAAAAACUUUACCUCCUAAAAAGAUUAAAUAAUCUAGCUCAGGAAAUAAUAUUAAGGAGAGCUUAAAUAACUUAUUCUAUAAAAAUGGUGAUUCAAAAUCAUCCUAAAAUAAUUUAGUUGAGUAUGGACAACAGUAAGAAGCUGCUAGACUGAAUAAUUUUAAGAAGAAAUCUUCAUAAAAUAAUUUAGUUGAAUAUGGAUAGCAAUAACAAGAAAUUAAAAAGAAAUCAUCACAAAAUAACUUAGUUGAGUAUGGCCAAUAGCAACAAGAAGUGAAGAAAAAAUCAUCUUAGAAUAAUCUAGUUGAGUAUGGCUAAUAACAGUAAGAAGUUAAGAAAAAAUCUUCAUAAAAUAACUUAGUUGAGUACGAAAAACAACAGCAAGAAGUUAAAAUACAAAAAAAAUCUUCUCAAAAUAAUUUAGUCGAAUAUGGAUAAUAAUAGCAGGAAUAAAAGCAGUCUUUUGGAAUUAAAAAGAAAUCAUCUCAAAACAACUUGUUAGAUUAUGCUUAAGUUCAAGAAGCAAAGCAAUUUAAAGAUUUGAACUAAUCAUAAACAUAAAAUAUUCAUAACCAAUUGCUUUAACAUAAUAUUCACUCUCACAGCUCAAAUAAUUUAAAUACUGUUAAUAUUAAUUAAUCCCAGGUGUAGCAUCGUAUAACCCAUUAAUCAAUUACUUCUGCUACUUAAUGUACAAAUGUAUUUAACAGUAUGGUAACAAACAAUGACAUUGAACAAUCGAAUGUUGUAAAGCUGACAACAAGAAACUAUGAUACUAGUGGAAAAUUCAAUAUGGGCGGAAGUGGAAACUCUGGUGAAAAAGUAAGUGAAGUCCAUAUUUUGUUUGCUAAAUAAUUUGAGGCUUUCAGAAAUCUUUAUGGUAUUACUUAGGAAAGAAUAAUAGAAUCUCUUAGAACUUGUGCAGUAAUUAAGUUACCAGGAGGAUAAACACAGAGCUCCUUUGUGAAGAGUCAUGACGAAUUGUUUGUAGUAAAAGAAGUUUCAUCAUUGGAAUUCAAUUACUUUUAAGAGUUUGCUCUAUAAUACUUAGAUCACAUGUCAUCUAAUCCAAACUCACUAUUGGCAAAAAUGUAUGGCUUUUUUAUAGUUUCAUGUGAAGGAGAUAAAAAAUACUAUGCAGUUAUGGAAAAUAUUUUCUAUGGAAUGGAUAAAGAUAAUUGUUAAAGUUACGAUUUGAAAGGCUCUAAGAAGCGUCGUUUUAGAAAGGAAACAGAUAUAGGACUUGAUACUAAUUUUAUGAUUGAUAUGAACUGUGAACCCUUCUUUAUCGAUAAUUCUUCUUAUCAAUCGUUUGAUAAGACUAUCAGAUCUGAUAGUGAUUUCUUAGCUACAUAGGAUAUAGUGGAUUACUCUCUUCUGCUUAUUUGCGAUAAAAAUAAGAAAGUUUUACGUCUUGGCAUCAUUGAUUAUUUCAGAAAAUAUGACUUUUUAAAGUAUUUAGAAAAAAAUAUAAAGUAAUUUGUAUACAAAGAAGACCCAACAAUCGUUGAACCUAAUAAAUAUAAAGAGAGGUUUGUAAAAACUCUUACAAAAAGAUUUUUCUGUAAAGUUUGA